AUGCAAAAUAUAAUUAAAGAGCUCGCGUAUGCGAUACUAAACACAGAGCUGUGCAGCGAAAUGAAGCAUCUUGGAAAAAUAAAGAAAAGAAAGCAAGGAAUGGUAAGGAUACACUGCAAGAUAUGCAACACACAGGUAAACAGCGUAGUGUUUACCAAGCACUUGGAAAGGUGCAGCAAGCAGUAG